ACCCUACAAGCAACCCAGAGAAGCAUAACUACUUGCACAACUCUUCAUUCACUCGCAUUCGUUCAGACAUCGUCUCUCUUAAGUUUCUUUUCUCUGAGUUACUUGAAUAUCAAUUAACCAUGGUGCUCUCAAGGAUUGUUUCAGAGUCUGAUAUCUCCGUCCACUCCACCUUCGCCUCUCGCUAUGUCCGAGACUCACUACCCAGGUUCAGGAUGCCGGAUAACUCGAUACCGAAGGAGGCGGCGUACCAGAUUAUACACGAUGAGCUGAUGCUUGAUGGGCAGCCAAGGCUGAACUUGGCUUCCUUUGUGACUACUUGGAUGGAGCCUGAAUGUGACAAGCUUAUCAUGGAUUCCGUUAACAAAAACUAUGUUGACAUGGAUGAGUACCCUGUCACCACAGAGCUUCAGAAUAGAUGUGUCAACAUGAUAGCACAUCUCUUCAACGCUCCGCUGGGAGAAUCCGAGGCUGCUGUUGGUGUGGGAACGGUGGGUUCGUCGGAGGCAAUCAUGCUUGCUGGUCUUGCAUUCAAGAGAAAGUGGCAGAACAAGCGAAAGGCUGAAGGGAAGCCCUAUGACAACCCAAACAUUGUUACUGGAGCCAAUGUUCAGGUUUGCUGGGAAAAAUUUGCCAGGUACUUUGAAGUAGAACUGAAGGAAGUGAAGCUGAGAGAAGAUUACUACGUAAUGGACCCUGUGAAAGCUGUGGAAAUGGUAGAUGAAAACACUAUUUGUGUUGCUGCUAUCUUAGGAUCAACCCUUAAUGGAGAAUUCGAAGAUGUCAAGCUCUUGAACGACCUCUUGGUAGAAAAGAACAAGCAAACAGGAUGGGAUACCCCAAUUCAUGUUGAUGCAGCAAGUGGUGGAUUCAUUGCUCCAUUCAUCUACCCAGAGCUUGAAUGGGAUUUCAGACUUCCAUUGGUGAAGAGCAUCAAUGUCAGUGGACACAAGUAUGGCUUGGUUUAUGCUGGAGUUGGUUGGGCUAUUUGGAGGAGCAAAGAAGACUUGCCUGAAGAACUCAUCUUCCACAUUAACUACCUUGGAACUGAUCAACCCACCUUCACCCUCAACUUCUCCAAAGGUUCCAGUCAAAUCAUUGCCCAGUAUUACCAGCUCAUCCGCUUAGGUUUUGAGGGGUACCGGAAUGUGAUUGAGAACUGCCAUGAUAACAUGAUUGUGCUCAAGGAAGGAUUGGAGAAGACAGGGCGAUUCAACAUUGUGUCAAAGGACAACGGUGUUCCACUGGUGGCAUUCUCUCUCAAGGACAACAGCCGCCACGAUGAAUUUGAGGUAGCAGAGACACUGCGCCGAUUCGGGUGGAUCGUGCCUGCCUACACCAUGCCAGCAGACGCUCAGCAUGUGACGGUGCUGCGUGUUGUGAUUAGAGAGGACUUCUCGCGCACCCUUGCUGAAAGGCUUGUGCUUGACAUCACAAAGGUGCUCCAUGAGCUUGACACACUCCCCGCAAGGAUUAAUGCCAAAAUGAGUGCUGCUCAUCAAGAGAAUGGAAAGAAUGGUACGGUCGUCAAGAAAACUAGCUUGGAGACUCAGAGGGAAAUCACUACUUACUGGAAAAAUUUUGUCUUGGCUAAGAAAUCCAACAAGAAUAAGAUAUGUUAAACAAUGGGUCGGUCGGGAGUGUGUUUAAUGUUCUUUAUUUUUUUGAGAUAUUUUUUGGGGUCUUUUGUUUUUGUAAUUUCUUGCAUAUGUUUAUUCGGAUGGUCGUGAUACCACCUCUGUACUGAGGAUUUAAAGUUUAAUAUGCAAUGCAAUAAUUUCUUUCAUCU